GGUCUGCUCAGCAUACAGCAGAAGAAGAAACUGAAGAUUUCUUCCUGUUGACUUUUUAUUUUUCGCUUCGUUCAAAAAUCGCGUUUUUUGUUUCCUGAACGUUUUUGUUGUGGUCGUGUCGCUUGUGUGACGUCAGUCUUUGCACUGAGGAGCACUUCCAUCAUGUCUCACAGGUACAGACCGCCUGACUCCGACCACAGACCGGAUCCGGCUGCGUCCUCUUCAGAUCGCCGUCACGCGUCGCUGGACCAGCACGGCUUCCGGCUGCCGCAGGCGUCUUUCUCUCCGUCCUCCCCGUCCCCGUCCUCCUCCAGAGGCCCGGCCCAGUGGUCUCAGGACGCAGCGCUCAGCAUCCUGAGCAGCUGUGGUCUGGAGCCCAGCGACCUGUCUCUGCUGGCCGAGCUGCCAGAGGACAUCCUGACGGUGGAGUCCCUGCCUCAUGUCCUCCAUCAGCUCAAAGGAAAGAGGGGGGGCGUAAACCCUUUCCCCACCAACGCUCCUUCCUCCUCCUCUUCCUCCUCUCAUCCUCCCAGCUCCUCCUCCAGAGACUGGGAUCAGCUCCGCAGUCAACCGGUCCAGUACCCGCUGGGUCCGGUACCGUCCCGUCCUCUUCCAUCUCAGAAGGUUCAGGACCACUGGGGGAACUCCAGAAGCAGCUCGGUGGUGGACGUCCUCCACCGCCCGUGUGAUUACAGUCAGACGGGUCCAGUGUCCUCACGGGACCGACCCUCCGUCAGGUCGGCACCGAGCGACUGGACUUGUCCUUCCCGUGUCUCUGAGUCAGGAUCAGGUUACAGGUCGGCUCCUCCCCCUCAGGGGCGACGCCCCCCCGAGGGCGAAGGCUCUUCCAUCAGGAGCAGCCGGCUCGUGGCCACGCCCACCAGGACAGAAGCCCUGGACUUCCACGGCAAGCCGCCGCCGGCGUUCCCGUACUCGUGCUCCCUGUGUGACAUCACGGUGCUGUCGGAGAGGGUUUGGACCAAACACAUCCACGGCACGGGUCAUGCCGACGGUCAGCUCCGCCUGCUGCAGCGGUGUCCUCGGUGGGACUGUCGGAUGGAGACGGUCAGCAGGGCUGACAACCAAUCAGAGAAGAGUAAGGAUGAAGAAACGCCCACCCGACCGCCUCAGUCGGCCAAUGAGAGCCAAAAGUCUCAGUGGAAUCCCCAGUGCACUAAGAAGACGUCGGACAAGAGCAAAGUGGUGUGUGUGAAGUUUCCAGCUCAGUCUGUGGAUGAGACGUAUCUGAGGAAUCUGACUCAACCGUUUGGAAAGAUCGUCCAGAUCCUCAUGUUUCCAUCUCUAGCGUUUGUGGAGCUGGGCUCCGUCGACCAGGCGAAGGAUCUGGUGAAGUUCCACAUCAACUGUCCUCCAACUGUGAAUGGAGAGCAGGUGGAGCUCAGCAUCUCCAACACCUUCAGCUUCCUGCAGAGCUCUCGGGUCGUGAGCUUCACUCCGGCUCCAACAGGAGAAGAAGGCCGAUCCGAUCUGAUCAGCAUCGUCAAACGCUUCGGCCUGCCGCUCUACACCCUGUUCCUGCCGUCUAUGGCGUUUGUGGAGAUGAAAAAUGUUCCUGAGGCUCAGAAGCUGGUUGAUUAUUAUUCUGCCAAAACUCUGAGGAUCAACAGCGACCUGGUCAAAGUUUCCCUCUCUGGAGAAUACAGGAGCCUCAUGCGAGUUGCUUCUGCCACGAGGUACGAGGAGGAAACGCCUUCGACCAAGAGGGCAAGGAGUCCCAGCCGAGAGCAGGAGGACAAGAUAGAAAACCACAGCAAAAGACCCAGAUCCAGAGAAAGAUCUAGAGAUGAGUCCAGAGCAAAGAGGUCCAGGUCCAUUGAUGAGUCCAACAGGGAGAAGAAGUCCAGGUCUCGAUCCAGAGAUAAAUCCAAAGAGAAGAGAUCCAGAUCCAGAGAAAAGCCCAGCAGCAGAACUUCUGGACAGAAUGGAUCCAGAAAACAGACGGAGGAACCGGAAAAAAGUGAGAAACUCGACUCUGACCCCAAACCUGAACCUGCAGAUCCCAGACCGAGUGAAGAAGAAGAAGAAGAAGUAGAGUCGUCUGCUGAGGACAGCGACAUCGAGGGGAUGGAGGUGAUCGGAGAGGAUGUUGAGAAUCAGAGCGAUGAAGACGUGGAGUCUGCUGAGGAGGAAGAGGAGGAAGAGGAGGAAGAGGGACAUCCAGCAGAGAGAACUGACUCGACACAAGAAGACAAGGAAAAUGUGGUGAAGGAGGAAGAGGAAGGGAAGCUGGAAGAGGAAGACUCCACCAGAGAGAGGGAGGAGUCAGCAGACGAUGAGGAGGGACCAGAUUUCCCUGUGGACCUGGAGAACUGCAUCACUCUGGAUGAACUGGAAGAAGAAGAAUCCGAUGACUCAGAGACGGCAGCUGAGCCCAAGUCUUCGACCACCAGAGUCGUUUUCUUCCAAAAGCUGCCGCCGCGUUCCUACACCGACGCCGAGUUCGUCCAACUGGUCAAAGGUGUCGGAACGCCGCUGCACUACUUCCUGAUUCGCCGACAGCAACAGGGUUUCAUCGAGAUGUCAUCGUCUGCUGAAGCGCUGAACGCCGCCCGAGAGCUGAACCGUCAAACUUUCCUCGGGUCCGAACUCUUCGUCCACAUCUCCCACAAACACCCCCGACUGGAGAACUGGUUCCACGUUCAGUCGGACUCGGACUCGGAGAAGAGCGAGAGUCAGAGCAGCAAAUCCAGAACCUCAGACAGAGAAGAGGCCUGCAGGAGAGAGUCCGGGUCCAGAAAGACUCCAGAGAGAGAGUCAGGAUCUAGAACGCCUCCAGAGAGAGAGUCAGGACCCAGAAAGACUCCAGAGAGAGAGUCAGGACCCAGAAAGACUCCAGAGAGAGAGUCGGGACCCAGAAAGACUCCAGAGAGAGAGUCAGUACCCAGAAAGACUCAAGAGAGAGAGUCAGGACCCAGAAAGACUCCAGAGAGAGAGUCCGGGUCCAGAAAGACUCCAGAGAGAGAUUCAGGACUCAGAAAGACUCCAGAGAGAGAGUCAGGAUCUAGAAAGACUCCAGAGAGAGAGUUGUUGCCAAAGGGGGGUCAAAAAGAACAGAAGUUGAAAGGAAACGUGAGUAACAACAAAUCUUUGCCGGAAAAAAAGCUGAAGUCACAAAAUGAAAGGGAGGCGACGGGGAAAGACACUCCUGAAACAGAACCAGCGAUGGAUCCUGGGGAGACUCCCGAGUCAGAGACGAGUCCAGAUCCACCCCACACUGAACAGAAACCUGCGGAUUCUGAUAAUGCAGUGAACCUGGAGCAGACACCUGAAGGGGGCGUCGCUGAGCCUGAGAAACCCACCAAACCUGUUGGAACUAAGUUUGUUCGGCCGGUCGUUGGUUAUUUCUGUCACCUGUGUCAGGUGAUCUACGCCGACGAGGAUGAAGCCAAAGUGCAGCACUGCAGCAGCCGGACGCACUACAGGAAAUACCAGGAGAAGACGGGAAUCGAUCCGUGGACGAGCUGAAUUCAUCAGUUCACUGAACACAGUCAGACACUGAAUGGAUGAGUCCCUUUGAAACUCUACAUUACCCAGAAGUCCAGAGCAGCUUUUCUGCUCGUGGACACUUCAGCAGGUGUCGAGGGUUUGAAACCAGCCUCGUGGAAACUGAUGAAGAUGAUCACACGUGACAUUUAAUGUUAUGACAUAAAAAAACAAAACUUCAACAUUUGAAACUGGACAUUAAAUAAAAUACUUUGAUAUUUAA